CAAAAAAAGCGAAGCCUCGUACUGCGAUUUGUAUGAUGCUCUUUAUUUUCGGAAAUACUAAUUGAAAUCAAUGCAAUUGAGAUUAUUGGAUUAAUUAAAACUAAUUAUCGUGCACGUUGCAACAUUCCUUGUGCAGUUAUAGUGUGUGGGUGUGUUUGAAAUAGCCGUAUUGGGAUGUGCGUUGUUUAUCUGACAUGUACUUAUGUCGGAAUUUCCUAAAUAGACUAGACGGUUGAUGUCGGGGCCGCGUAUAAAAAUAACAUUGGAUUGUCGCGUCGGGUCCGGAGGGCUGAACCCGCCUGCGCCAUGGUUCUGAUGAUGGCUCCGAGGAUAUUGUACCUCACCGCGAUGGUGAUGUUAGGUACUCAAGUGACGUCACUAUCCGCCGCUCCGCCGUCUGACGAGAAUUUCCCCCCGCGGCCCAAAGAAGGUCGGGUCACCACCAGGUACUGUGAAUUCUUCAACGGCUCCCAAACGUCCACUUGCGAUACCGCGAAAAACGCUACAUGUGUACCAAACGUCAUACAAGAAGAGUGUCAACCGGUCGAAGCUGAUAAGAGUAACCACUGUGUUGUCUUGUGGCAGUUCGACAACGUUACCAAUCAAGCAUAUCCUAAGCUCAAAGGAUGUUUCGUAGACACCGUGUCAUGCACAGACAGGGCAACCAGCUGCAGACUGCACAACUCCAAGUUACCUCUCCUCCACUGCUGCUGCGAAGGAGACAUGUGCAACCAGAACGCUGUGUUCCCUGGCAUAGAAGCUGGAAUGUCUUCACAAACAGAAAUACCGCCUGAGAGAGUACCUGCGUCCGCGGUGCCUAGCGCUGACGAUGAUACCAAGGCAGUCAUAGCUUACACUCUAACUCCCCUGUUCUUGCUAUUCGCAAUUCUUGUUGGCUGUUACCUGCUGUAUAGGAAGCGUAAAGGAACGUCGUUUGCUGAACUGGCUAACGGUGAGGCGUCACUAUCGAGGCCUCCGUCGGCAGGUGCUGGCAUGGAGAAUGAAGGUGUUGGCUUAGUAGGCCAAGUAACUCUGUGCGAGGUUCGGGCUAGAGGACGAUUCGGGGCUGUAUGGAGGGCCAAGCUAGGCCAGCGAGACGUGGCCGUCAAGGUGUUCCCCUUACAAGAUAAGCAGUCGUGGCUGGCUGAGCAAGAGAUCUUCCGCCUGGCUAGGAUGGACCACCCAGAUAUUUUACAUUAUAUCGGAGUCGACAAAAAAGGCGACAAUCUUCAAGCUGAAUAUUGGCUGGUCACAGCAUACCACGAGAAGGGCUCCCUGUGCGACUAUUUGAAAGGCCAUACUCUAACUUGGGUGGAGGCUUGGAGGAUCGCGGCAUGCGUGGCUCGUGGACUCGCCCAUCUCCACGAAGAAGGUGGUGGAAAACCAGCCGUCGCUCAUCGUGACUUCAAAUCUAAGAACGUUCUCCUUAAAGCUGACCUAAGCGCUUGUAUUGCGGACUUUGGACUCGCCCUGAUAUUCGUGGCUGGAAGGGGCUGCGGAGAUGCUCACGGCCAGGUCGGAACUCGACGUUACAUGGCCCCAGAAGUUCUGGAUGGUGCCAUCAACUUCACGAAAGACGCCUUCCUAAGGAUAGACAUGUAUGCGUGCGCGCUUGUUCUCUGGGAGAUCGCUUCAAGAUGCAGUGAGGCGGCUCCGGAAACCCCUGGACAGUACCGUUUGCCUCUCGAAGAGGAGGUGGGCUCGCACCCCAGUCUCGAAGAAAUGCAGGAGGCGGUUGUGCAGAGGAAACUGCGCCCUCAUAUACCUCCACACUGGCGUAAUCAUCCCGGUCUAUCAGUACUCUGCGACACAAUGGAAGAGUGCUGGGACCACGACGCGGAGGCUCGUCUAUCAGCCUCAUGCGUGCUCGAGCGCGUCUGUGCCCAGCAGCCCGCAUCGGCCGUGUCGGCCCUCACGCCCGACACCACUCCCCUGCUCAUCCACGAGCUGGCUGAUCAGCAGCCUUGCUGACGUCACACGCUCGUCGAACUGCCGCUCAUACAGUUCUGAACAUUGAACAAACAGGUACAGAAAACUUAACCAUAGACCUAUGAAUAUUUAGACAGUUACACCGUCAGUUGACUAAGUUAAAGGUUCUUUAAAUCUAUUGCUGACUCUUUCGUUAUCAACAAAAAGUUAGCAUUACAUGUAAAGAAGCCUUAAUUUUAAUAGAUCUUUGUGCAACUGACGGAAAAUCUUUAAGGUCCAUAGACCUGUGACAGGCAGUUAAAAAAAAGUAAGUUUUCAGUACCUGUAUUGUUGGUUAUGUUUAGCGGCGCCAGUGAUUGUAAGGUAAAGUACAAAGUAUAAGUUAUGCAUUGGACAUUUCAAAAUACAGACUGUAUUGAAUAUGAUGUGGUUCGGAAGGACUGAUGUGGUCCUGUGAAAUUGGCUAUCAAAAAUUGUAUCAUGCUCUGUGGUAACUUUAUCUAUUGUAAAAUAGGGAUUAUCUUAGGAUAAGUAAUACGGGCUUAUAUCGAACAAAACUUAUCCAAUAAAAGGUUAACAAAAUUUCGAAAAUCAUACAAGCAUUUUUCGGUAAUGUAAAAAGUGGGUAUAUGCUCAACAUUUUAAAUGCAUUUUAAAAAGCCCGGUAGACUUACAUGUUCUGAAACUACACAAAAAUUCGUCAUAUUCAUAAGAUAGUAUUUAAAAGAAUCUUCCAAUCACUACUGAAAUAUCAAGUUUUAUCUAACACUAUCCUACAUAGUGUAGUUUCACCAUACUAUCUAAUAUUAAUGGACACCCUCAGAGACAUUUACCGUCUUACCACAAAAACUUUUAAACGUCAGUUUAAGUCUUGUCUAAAAAAAUGUCAAAUUAUGACGUUGACAUAUGGUUCAUUUUGCAGCCACAAUUUUUUUAGAAAAGGGUAAAUCAGGUGUUUAAGUUUUUGUAGUAAGGCCAUUAAUGGUUACUUAAGCCGUUCCUUAGUGCAGACUUAAGUAAUCAUAAAUGUCUCUGCGUGCGGCGGUAAGAGGACAUUGAUGUUUAACUAAAGAAUUCAUUACUUAUCGGUAUAUUUAAAACAAUAUUUCGAUUCUUUAUAAUUUUAAGGUUCAAAUAAUAACACGUUUAAGGAGAAUUUUAGCCCACAGAGGUACGAAUCUAAAAGACAGUAUGUUCUUUUUAAAUGAUUUAUUUAAAAAGUCUUUGUAGGGUAAAUUUUUCAAUCGCCUGAUAGCUUCUAUCUGAAGAAUAUGUUUGCUUUUUAAAUAUGACAAGUCGCCAUUCUUAUUCCUCAGAUAGAAGCAAACUUAUGAUUGAAAAAUCGGCCUUAAAAAGAUGUUUUAAUUUAAGUUAUUUAUUUUGAAGCGCACAAUAUAUUUGAAAGCACAUUUAUCAUCGAACACACACAGUCCAAUCAAUGUUUCUGCGAUAAUAAUUUUAACGGGCACAAAUAAAUAGGAAUUGAAUGUCACGCGAAUAGCAUUUACGUAAUAUUUGUAUCCAUAAUACCCUGUUCCGCCUGUAGAAAUCUCCUAGGCCCUUUAUACAGACUGAAAUAACUUCUACUACACCAUACAUUUUUGACCAACUUCAAAAAACGGAGGUUCUCAGUUUGACAUGUAUGUAUGUAAGUUUGUGCACGAUUAUCUCACGUUUGGCUGAACCGAUUGAUUAUUUGUCAGACUUAUACCUUCAUGACAUGAAAUUUUAAAGCAUUGUAAACGAGACGGUGGCAAGUCUCAGAGUUCUAUUCUGGUAACGAUGGGGUCGAUCCUAAAUUAGAAAGCGUCCUUUUUAAUUAUCUAUGAGAUUCCGACAUGUCCAAUUACAACAGAUUAAAUAUUCAAAAGGGGAAAGAAGGUAAAAAAAAAUUAUGAACAUUAGCAUUUGUUUAGUUUUGCGAUUUUUUAUUUAUGAGUAAAAAUAUAGGUAAGGGAAUUUUUGUCGUACUUCUAAGCAAAGAGUUCUCAGAAAUAUGAGUCACGCUCAUCGCGUUGGAAUUCCCAGAUUAUAGCAAGUCUUGUUCAUUCACCGUCUACGAAGAUGUCUCGAAGAUAAAAUUAGACAGUACACUCAUAUUAUAAAGAGAAUACCACAUCUAGUUUACCUAAAUCUAUUCAUAGAUUGGUGUCUUCCUUACUUAAAUAAAGGAGUCAUCGUCAAAUAAAUAGGUAAAUAUUAAAUCAAACUUUUUACUAAACGCUUUAUGAGUUUAUUUUUGGCUUUAACCAUUUGUAUGUCGGAGCGCAGAUAUACGCGAGACACAAUUGAUUUUCUAUUGUUUUAUAAUUAGCGACAUACAAGCAGUUUUUAUUUACUACUUGAAAGUUAUUUACGCACUAAAUUCGGUCUCAAACGUAGUUCAUAGUACUACGUCUAUAAGUGUCUUCCAUAUUAUCGUAUCAACACCCUAGUCAGCCUAUUAAAGGCCGCUAGACCUAGUCCAGACGUUAAAUUGAUUGCCACACAAACAACUUACGGGGCUAUUCAUAAGCAUCCUUUAUAAACAUCCUACCACGAUCUAAUGUAUGGUAAUUGUCGUCGCCCGCUCCCUUUUCCACUUCCCGGCAACUGAGCUGUACAUUUGUCGUGUGACGCUGUAAAUACUUGUCCAUCUCCUUGGUAUGUAAUGUAAAUCAAAUUAUCGACAUACAUUACGCACAUCUAGAUCUAAAGGUGGUUAACUAAAUAAUCUAGUUUUUUGGGGCAUACCAUCAAAUUCCUUAAACGAGCCAUCGACCAAG